AUGAAAUUUUUACUAGAAAUCAGUGCUAGGUUGAGCAACAUUGCCACCAUGGUUCCAAAUGGUGGAGCAGAUGAUGAAAACACGCCACAUUUUUUUAAACUUCACUGCCAAAACUGCCAGGAACUGUCGAAAAGACAAUGCGUCUAUAUCAGCGAGAGUUGCAAAAAGUGCAAGAAAUAUGGGACUGUGACGUUGACUCCAGGAUAUGGGAGGCCGUUCACAGCAGAGGACUCAGAGAGUGGAGCUUAUGCUCCACUCAUGCUCUUCGACUGCGAUGAGAUGGCUCCUGAAGGAUACGGGUUCAAUGGCGGCUGGAAACUUACUACCGUAAUUUCCACCUCCAAUUUCAUAAUUUUUGCACCACACUACUAA